CACAGGGGAGCUUCUCCUGGAAAUCCUGUGUUCCCGCAAUCCGGUGGCUCUGUGCAACUACCCCAGUGGAGAUGUCGCUUCGUUUCGGGGCCACCUGUUUGCUGAGCUUCAGUUUCCUGCUCCUCAUCACUUCUUCAGACGGACGCACUGGGCUUGGAAAGGGUUUUGGAGAUCAUAUUCACUGGAGGACUCUAGAAGAUGGGAAGAAAGAAGCAGCUGCAAGUGGCUUGCCGCUGAUGGUGAUCAUCCACAAGUCUUGGUGUGGAGCCUGCAAAGCUUUAAAACCCAAAUUUGCAGAAUCUACAGAAAUUUCAGAACUGUCCCAUAAUUUCGUUAUGGUAAAUCUGGAGGAUGAAGAGGAACCCAGGGAUGAAGACUUCAGUCCUGAUGGGGGUUAUAUUCCGCGCAUCCUUUUCUUGGAUCCCAGUGGCAAGGUGCGCCCUGAAAUCAUCAAUGAGAGUGGAAACCCCAGCUACAAGUAUUUCUACGUCAGUGCUGAGCAAGGUAUCGUUCUGAGGGAGGAGGAAGGAUUGGCUAGGUCCUGUGUUGAAUACAACUGGCAGGAAGAUAAAACUGAGCCUUUUCCCAGCUACGUAGAUGCCCAUGGGACAGCUAAUGGCUGGCGAGAACCUGAAGGACUGAGGCUUAUGCAGAUAGCUCCUGGUUUCAGGCCUCAGUUCAUAAGUCAGAGUGGAUUUGAUUUGUUUUAUUUUUCCAUUACACUCAUACUGUUCUUCUGUAAGAAUCCAGAGGAAGAGGAAUACAAACUUAGAUGAAGAAGUUUAAUAUUUUAUAAAUAAUAAACUGAAUGGACAGUCAGUGCAAGAAUUGGGCUCUGGCUCUGGCAAGCUGGUGUGGGUAAAGGUACCUGCUGCUAAACCGGAUGACCCAAGUUCAAUCCCCAGAGCUGAUGAAAGAAGAGAACUGACUCCUGCAAGCUGUCCUCGACCUCUGCACAGGCUGUCACAUAGGCGUGCUUAGCACGUGCACACAUGAUAAGUAAGAAUGUAACACAAAAUAAUAGUCUAUCUCUAGAAAGACACAGGGCACCUCACACUAUGAGAGUGAGUGUGUAGGAUAAGACUCGCUAAAACAUGGAGCUCGAGUCCCUGAGAGUGAGUUUUAGUCAGUGAACAUGGGAAAGGCACAUUGCAGGCAGAGGGAAUGGCCUUAGCCCAGUGGUGAAGAAAGGCUGACAUAUCUGCCUCACUUUCUGGUCUCUUGAUUUUGAAACACUGUCAUCCUAGAGGCAGGGGUUGGAAUAGAUGUCCUGUGCUGUUUAUCGCUUGCUGCGUUGCCACGUGUCACCUAUUGUGAGCCUGCCAAGUCCCUCUGUUUCCCAUUCUUGGAACUCUUAUUCCUAGACUAGGAGAGGGAGGACGCAGAGAUGUCAUAUCUCUGUCCCGGGUCAGGAGCUGCAUCUAAUGCAGGUGCCUCGAGACUGACGUUAGAUGCAGACUUCUCCACACACAGGAGGGCAGUGCGGCUGUCAGUCCUAAACACUCGUCUCUCAACAUUCACCUUCUGUCUGAACUCGUGUUACACAAUUGUUUUGUCGUCCCUACACUAACACAGUAUAAAGGCUUUUCCCCGAGUCCUCAUGGCUUGAAACUAGGAACAUUCAAACCUGUCUCUACCUAAAACGUAAGUAAAACAUGCCCAUGCUAGCUGCUCUUAUGAGCAUAUGGUGUCUGCAGGAUUCUCAGGACAGACUGGCUCAGCCCAGCGCCUACCCUACCAUUUUAGAGCUGCCACUCCCAGGCCUGCACUGACAUCACUGCCCUCCUGGAAAGACAGAUAAGUACACGGGGGCUGUCGGUGCAUAAGGCGUUCAUCUGCCGCUCUCUUUCCUUAAGCUUCUCCUUUUUUUUCCCCCUAAAAACUUGGCUUUUUCCAUUAUUGUUGGUCAGUAGUAGAAAUGAUUAAGCCCUUCAAUAAAGAUCACUUCCUCUUAUAGUGUGCACAUAUGUACUUGUUUAUACACACAUCAUGAUCAGUGUGACCAGUCAUUCCAAAGCGGGCAGGAGGAGGGUGUUCCCUCUCCCCGAGUGUCAAUGAGCAUGUACAGCCAUGAUGGGGUCAGCAAGAAUGCUAGGGCUUAACCAGAGUAACAACUAGUGUUUUUAUAGGUCUUAAUAUUUAUGAAACACUUGGUAUUAUUCAUUCUCUGCUUAAUUUUUGUAGCAGUCCAAUGUAAGUAGCAUUUUCUAAAACAUUUAAAGUCUGUGUCGUCACAUGUCAGGUUUAAAAGGUGCUUCACACUUACCCCACCCCUUACCUUUAUUCCAGUUGUUCAAGGGAUGAAGGAAGCACAGGUGAGGCUGACUGGUGAUGCCUUCAGAGAGAAACAUUUUCAGGAUGAAUUGUGAUACGAAUGAGUAUUCUGAAAGAAAAGCUGCAGGGAGAGAAUACGGAAGAAUCACCCAGAAUAAUUAAACCACCGGAAACCAUGCUUCUACCUACACCGGAAGGAGCUCUUACUGGGACAGGCCUGCUGACAGAAGCUGGUCUGUGCACCCAGCAUCCUGGCCGACUGACUCUCAUCUGCUCCCUCUCCUAAAUAUCCAUUCCUCUGAAUGUAAAGAAUGAAACUAUUUAAUACGAAACUUGAGCCACUUGGAGAUUUGCUCCACGUCAGUAUUUGAAUCUUCAUCCAUUUCCUCCCACUUCCUCAAGCUGAAGUGAAACAAACCGAAGUAUCUUUUGUAUAGUGUACAAAGUGCGGGAGGUCCUUAUCAGAUUUUAAAGAAGGCUUGGUACUACUCCUGGACUUCCUGAAUCCCUGCACCCUUCCUUCUUUGCUCAGGCAUCCCUGUUUGCACGGAUGUGCGUCAAGAAUGGCUGUGUGCUGAGGCUCAGCCCCAACUGGAAGCAUGUUUUCCCUGUUGUUAGAGAAACUCAAGCCUGCAAACCCUACAUGAAGCCAUUUUGUCAAUUCACCAACUGUAUUUUUGUACUGGGGUUAAAACAAACACAAGAGAUAAAAUAUGUUUCACUAAGCUUUAUUAAAACUUGAAAUGGAAA